AUGCGCAGGGCCCUCAAUAUCAAAAAUAAGCUUGGAUUUAUUGAUGGUUCAAUCACCAAUCCAACAAACACUUCUGAUCCUCUCAUCGCACCAUGGGAACGCUGCAAUGACAUGCUCAUAGCCUGGAUCCAACAUUCAGUUAGCUCAGAACAUCGAUCAAGCAUUGCGCAUGCAGACACAGCCGAGAGUGUUUGGAAUGAUCUUCGAGAAAGAUUUUCCAUCCAAAAUGCUCCUCGAAUUUUCCAAAUCACAAAAUCCAUUUCAUCCUCAACACAGGACACUGAUUCCGUAAGCCAGUAUUAUAAUAAACUCAAAGUGUUCUGGGAUGAACUCGAGAUCUAUGAACCUUUGCCCGCGUGCACUUGUGGAGCUAUCAAAACGAUGCUAGAAUAUACUCAUCGCAACAAGGUAAUGCAAUUUCUUGUUGGCCUUGACGAUUCUUAUGACUCUGUUCGUGCGCAGAUAUUAUUGCAUGAUCCACUUCCUGCACUCAAUCGGGUCCUCUCCCUCGUUCAACAAGAAGAAAGACGUCGCCAGUUGCAUUCCGUACCUUCGCCUUUAGCUAUGAUCGCCAAGGGACCAGAUCAUCGCAACUCCACCACAAACCGUAGAGAACGACUAUUUUGCUCUCAUUGCAAUAUACCCGGACACUCCCUGGAGCGUUGCUUCAAAGCAAACCCUCACCUCCCAGUGUGCUCACAUUGCCAUAUACCUGGGCACGUCAAAGAUAAAUGCUACCGAUUGAAUGGCUUUCCUCCUGGCCACAAAAACAACAGCAACAAAUUUAAAUCCUCAGCUAAUCAAUCAUCUGUUGCACAGGAGGAAAUUAACCUUGGUCCGCCUAUUACUCGAGAGCAGUACAACCAAAUCCUUGCCUUACUCAAUCCUUCCCAUGGUGACGAUAUUCCACCUGCUGCAAACAACGCCCAAGCCAGCUCUCCUCCUGUUUCUGGACCUUUCAUCAUGGAUGACGAUUGGUGUGGGAGCGGUUCGUGA